CGUGACCGGUUGUAUGCGAUUUUAAAAUGUAAACAAAAACAAAUCAAUUUUAUACUUAAAUAAUUGUUUAGGUACUUUAGAAAUCGAGAGAUGUUUUUGAACCAGUAAUAGCUUAAAAAAUUAAUCUUCAUAUUGAAUCUUAGCAAACUGUUCGCCAUGUUCAUAUAUUUAAGCAAAAAAAUAGCUAUACCCAACAACAUCAAAAUCAAUUGCCUCGAAUGGAACUCCAGUCAGGAUUGCAUUGCUGUUGGCGGUGAUGAUGGUCUACUCAAGGUACUAAAAAUCGAUUCUGGAGGACCAACAAGUGGUAAAACCAAAGGGGUGACUGGACAAGCUAAUUUAGCCUUGAAUAAAACUCUUGAGGGCCAUUCUGGUAAUGUAGUUGCUAUUGUAUGGAAUGAAAAAUACAAUAAAUUAACGUCAAGCGAUGAACAUGGAUUAAUUAUUGUUUGGACAAUGUACAAAGGGACAUGGCAAGAGGAAAUGAUUAACAAUCGUAAUAAAUCCAUUGUAAAAGGUAUGGCCUGGAACAGUGAUGGGGAAAAAAUCUGUAUAGUUUAUGAAGACGGAGCGGUCAUCGUUGGCUCGGUUGAGGGUAGCCGAAUAUGGGGCAAAGAAUUGAAAAAGUUAACGUUAACUGGAGUUCAAUGGUCUCCAAAUUCCAAAUUCUUACUUUUUACCAUUAAAACUGGAGAAGUACAUUUGUAUGACAGCGAUGGAAAUUUUGUGUCUAAAUUGGGAAUUACCUGUUUGCCUGUUUCACUUAAUAGUGUACCAAUUUCGGCGUGUCAUUGGCUCAACAGAGAACUCGAUGAUUGCCCACAGUUGGCCAUUGCCUAUAAAUCGGGACACGUGCAGAUAAUGAAAAAUCAAUAUGAUACAAAUCCUGUAGUUUUUGAGUGUGACAUGUCCAUUGUGUCUGUUAAAUGGAAUCAUAACGGUACAGUUUUAGCAGUAGUCGGUUCGUUAAUGGUUGACGGAGAAGUAAAAGAAUCAAAUGUUCUUCAACUUCGUUCACCGUUUGGAGAGCAUUUGAGAACACUUAAAGUUCCCGGAUACAUGGUAGCCGCUUGUUGUUGGGAAAGCACAUCGUUGCGCAUCACAUUAGCCAUUGAUAGUUUUGUCUAUUUUGCCAACGUACGAUACGAUUACCCUUGGUGUUACUUUGCCGACACCAUUGUGUACGCAUACCAAAACUAUGAAGAAUCUAUUACGGACGUUACGUUUUGGAAUAUCAAAAAAAACGAAUUCUAUCAUACAAAAGUUAAUUGUCUGUUGGCCAUGGAUGCUUAUAAAGACCACUGUGUGCUUGCUAUACAAAACAAAAAUGACGAGUCUAGACCUUUCAGUUUGAUCAUUUGCAAUAACAUAAACACUACAGUCGAUUCUAAACACAUAAAUUUCAAACCAAUAUGGGUAUCGAUGAACGGAACUUAUGUAAUUGUCGCAUCACACACGAGCUUUAUGACAUGGCAAUACACUGUUCCAAAAUCACAUUCUUCGUCAAUAGUAAACCUUAAACGCAAAAAAGUGAAAAUGUUUCAUAUAGACGACACUCCUUCUGGAGUUGAUGAACUCACCCAAGAAUCGUCAGAAUUUAAAAGCACAGCUUUUCAACUAGGGACUAAGGAUCUUAUAACGUGUAUAACUUCAAAUGAUGGCAUUUUACUGAUUGGAAGAGAAAGCGGAGCUUUGCAAAUAUACUCAUUACCACAAGUGGGCCUAGUGGAAAGAAGAAUUUUGCCUUCAAGACCUUUCAAACUAGCUUUAAAUUCCAACUCCAAACGAUUGGCUAUUAUCGAUUCUACUGGAGUAUUAUCUAUCAUUUCUAUAAACGAAAAAAGUGAACUGACCAAUACGGAAGCACCAUCUGAUUUCCAAAGGAGGGAUGUGUGGACAAUGAAGUGGGCUUCGGACGACCCAGAACUGUUAGCUAUUAUGGAGAAAACAAGGAUGUAUGUAAUAAGAGGGUUGAAUCCAGAAGAACCGAUUAGUACUUCAGCGUACAUCGCCUCUUUUAAAGAUUUAGAAAUACAAGCGGUCAUGCUUGAUGAAAUCAUUCAGUCUCCAGAGAAUCCAUCGUUGGAUUAUGUCAUUACGUUGGAAACAAAGUCGUUAAGAGAUACUAGGCAACUGCUGGAAAAAGUUAGCAUCACCGAAGCCAUGAAGUUUAUUAACGAUAAUCCACAUCCAAGGCUAUGGCGAUUAUUAGCCGAAGCAGCUUUACAAACUUUAGAUCUGGCUACAAGUGAAACAGCAUUCGUACAAUGCCAAGAUUAUUAUGGUAUCAAAACGAUAAAACAAUUGGCCAACAUACAGGAAGUACUUUUGCAGCAAGCCGAAGUCGCCAUAUAUUUCGGGGAUUUUGAUAAAGCAGAAACACUAUACGUUAAAGCCGAUCGAAAAGAUUUAGCUGUAUUAUUACAUCAAAAACUAGGUAAUUGGUUCAAAGUUGCCGAAUUAUUAAAAUCUAGUUCCUUAUUGUCGGGCGUUCCCAGUACUACAUUAGACCACGCUUGGCAAGGUAUCGGAGAUCAUUUUUUUGACAGCCAACAAUGGGAUUUAGCUGUUGAAUAUUAUAAAAAAGUAGAAAACAUGGAAAAAUUAGUAGAAUGCUAUAUAAUGCUAAAAGAUUAUGACUCGUUAACAGCACUUGCUAAAACGUUACCAACCAAUCACACAUUAUUGGAUACAAUAUCCACUUUUUUUCAAAACAGUGGAAUGGUUGAAGACAUGUCUUUAGACCAAAACCUGUCCAAACAACUUUUGAAAGGAAGCAGCGUAGAUAUUAGCAAUCUAAAAGAGAUCAUAAAAAGUUUAAGUAAUCCAGAUCUAGAACGAUGGCUAAACAAUAUUAAAAAUAUCUUAACUACAGUUUCUAAAUAUAACAAUGGCGAACGGUACAUGGAAGCAGCACAAUUAGUUUUUGCUAUUGUUUAUCAUGAAUUAAAAAAUGAUAUCCAACCGAACGUAAUCAAACAGUUAGCCACAGUAGGUGCAUUAUUAGUUGAAGAGUAUAAAGAAAAAAAUUUGGAAACCAUUUUAACAGUUGAAGACGUAGAAAUUAACAAUUUAGAAGGUACUCCUUUUAAGACACGUGCCGAAAUUAUCGAAAACAGUUGGCGUAUAGUUGAAGCAUUGCACUUUUUAAUACUUGCUCAACAACAAAUUUAUAAUGGAAAUUUCAAAUUGGCGUUGUGGACAUCUUUGACGCUUCGUAACUAUGAAGAUUUCUUAAACAUCGAACAAAUAUAUUCAAUCAUUGCACUAGCAGCGAUAGGAUGUAGUUCAUUCAAUAUCACAUCCAGAGCAAUGAUGAAACUAGAAACUAUAGACACUAAAAAUAAAUAUAACGCUUUGUCGUUAAACAUAUUCAGCAAACACGCGCCUGAAGAUUCGCCUUGUCCAGCCAUUCGAUGUUACAGCUGUUCAAAUGAAUUCUCAGCUUGGAGCUUAAAAUGUCCAAAAUGUAAAACCAGACCGGAGGCUAGUAUUGUCACAGGUCAACUAUUGACUGAUAUCAAAUCGGCUUGGUGUUGUCGACAAUGUAAACGCAUUGCAACUACUAAGGAUGUUGAAUCGUUAAAAUAUUGUCCAUUAUGUAAAAAAGACCUCAUUGUAAAUUUUUAAUUUAUUGACCAAGAAUAGGAAUUUCAGAUACUAUCACUAUUUUAUAUUUCAAAUAAUUAUUUUUGUUCACCUUGUACUAUUUUAGUUGAAAAACUUCCGUCCACUUUUU